GGGCACAGUUGCCCUAAUUGUCAGCGGCGCUAUAAAAGGGGCAAUCGCCCCUCGAGGUGCCAUCUCGCAGGUCGGCAGGCGGAGGCGGCAAGAAGAGCGGCGUCAUGGCUCCCAAAAAGGCAAAGAAGAGGACGGAGGGAGGAGCUGGCUCCAAUGUGUUCUCCAUGUUCGACCAAUCCCAGAUCCAGGAGUUUAAAGAGGCCUUCACCAUCAUGGAUCAGAACCGGGAUGGCUUCAUUGAUAAAAACGACCUGAGAGACACUUUUGCUGCCCUGGGCCGUCUCAACGUCAAGAACGAAGAGCUGGAAGCCAUGGUAAAGGAAGCUCCCGGUCCCAUCAACUUCACCGUGUUCCUGACCAUGUUUGGUGAGAAGCUGAAAGGAACAGAUCCAGAAGAGACCAUCCUGCAUGCUUUCAAGAUUUUUGAUGUUGAAGGAAAAGGUUUCCUUAAGGCAGACUUCAUCAAAGAAAAACUCAUGACACAGGCAGAUCGGUUCAGCGAGGAAGAGAUCAAACAGAUGUUUACAGCUUUCCCUCCAGAUGUGCGCGGUAAUCUCGAUUACAAGAACCUGUGCUAUGUCAUCACCCAUGGUGAGGAGAAAGACUAGGCAGGGGGAGAAAGCCCCCGGUGUCUCCUCUGGAAGCACUUAGUGGCAAAGGUGAAAGGGAUAAGGAAGCUUCUACAGGAGGUGGAGAGAAAAGUCUUCCCACUGUCAUGGGGCUCAUCCGAAAAGAACCAAAAAUAAUCAUUUAAAAAGUGGAAAUGAGGUUAAAGUUAUCCUAUUUAAUGUCCCAGCCCGGAUAAAAGCUGAAAAUUCCAAUUUUGUUAGUUUUUCCCACACUUAAGAGAAAAAAAAAACCUUUUGGUGGUUUCGGCUGGAAUUUUCCUGACGAGUUGUUGCUUUUAAUUUAUUGACAGUUUUAAUGAUCACCAGAUGGCCCAUAGGAUAGAGGAAACAUCUUGGCACCCCCUCCCCCCAAACCACCCAUUGCCUGGGCCAGACUCCAUGCUUCUGCCUGUUGCAUCAUAAAGGGUCUUGGGUAACCAGAAUCUGCUUCCAUUGCAUUGCCUUUUACAUUAGGUAUUCAAGUGGAAUCAAACUCUGGUUUGGAAAUAAACAGAGCCCGUUGGGCUAUGUUGGGGGGGGGGCGAUUAUUGCACAAGCUUAUAUUGAAACGGGUCACUUUUAGAAAAGUUAGGGACCCCCGCGAGUGACAUCAUGGGGAGAUCGUGCCCUUCAUCCCUUGAUUUGAGUUGAGGGGCCUAUCUCUCCCAGAGAAAGGGUUGGGAGCUUGGAGGGAACCUCUCCCGGCUUAAACAAUACCAGUUCCUGCCUGCCUCCCCCCCCCCAGUCUUUCCUCCUCUUCCUCCCAGAUAUAGACAGCACCUAUUUUCCUCCCUUCUCCCCGACCUCCUAAUCUUGGCAAAGGUAGACCAGACCUCUGACUGUAUCUAGCCAGGCCAUGUUGGAACCACUCCUGUAGAUUUAGGACCCCCCCCCAUACACACAUUAAAUAAAGAUAAUUUGGGGGAUUAUUUUUGACUUGACAAACUGAGCCUUUCCAUACAAAAGAAAGGAAAAAAGAGAUUGCAUAUGAAACCAUACACUUCCAUUUUGUAUAACUUUCAUCUCUUUUCAAAAUUCUACAAUAAAUCCCCAAAGUUUCAAAGCUA